AUGCUGGCGUUGUUUGUCGAUGGCUGGCUCGCUGCGUCUCGCACGAGCAAAGGGCGAGGAAGACUAAUUUCCACCACAAAUCCGCAGCCGAACGUGAAGCCUCGGUUGCCGCUUACGUCGAAAGUCGACGACGGCAGAGCAGCGAAAGAAUCUCCCACGAUCAAUGAUUCAGGGCGCCACAGGCGUCUCUGCGCGUCCCGGUCAAUGGGACCAACAGCACGGAUGCAGGCGAACAUGGUCGGGAAGGAAGGACAGCGCAGCCUCGACGAGUCCCGAUUCAGGACGCCGUCCCGGGGCGGGAACGGGCUGUCGCCGGUGCCCGGUCCCUGGGGUCCUCGCUCGCGCAGCGGACGACCGUCCGAUGCGGCGAUGGAACGGGAGCCCGAGAACUUUCCGUGCUCGGGCGGCCUGGCCAGACGAUUCAAUGACUCUCAGGAGCCGGCGGUAACAUGCGGAUGGACGGAUGCGGUGCGCCGAGAGCCACGUUGCUUUUGCGGGAGGCGGGCGGUGGCGGGCCCGCCGGCGCGAGGUCGGAGGUCGGAGGUGGUCGCCGGACCGCGUUCCGAGUCCCGGGAAGGGGGAGGCGAACGUACCUCCAUGCCGCGCGCUCUCGCCUGGAGAGCGCUCGCGGGCCAGGAAACGACUCGUCGUCGUCGUCGUCGUAGGCGAGAGCGCUUCUGGCCAUACACCUCGCACUCGACGCUCGCCAAUUCCACGGAAUUGGAUCAGGCAGAGGCUGCGUAG